UGAAAACCAUUGCGUCUCAUCCUGUUUAAGACAUUUACUACAACAGAGCUUGCGGCUGUUAAACAGGAAGUCUAGUAUCUUUUUUCAGUCUUCAAAAACGAGCUGACAGCAAUGAAACUCAUUCUGCGGUGGAUUUUUUGCUUCAGUUUAGGUUUUGUCGCUGAUUGCCAAGAGAAUCGUUAUGGAUUGAAAGGAAGCUCGAUCCAACUGAGCAUCAGUCCCAGAAAUCAGUCACAUGUGCAAGAACCUGUAUGGCGACGAUUCAACAGGCAAGAGUUGCUUGCAAACUCAAAGGGAGUUUCUCCUAAAUAUAGGAAUCGAAUGAGCUUAAACAUCUCAGACUGGUCUUUGACCAUAUACGACCUUCAGGAAAAUGACAGUGGACAAUAUGAGGCCCUUUCGAACUUUGAGGAUGAUGUUCUGACUGCAUUCACACUUACAGUGGAGAACACUGUCUCUGAGCCUGUACUCAAAGUGAGUCAAUAUGACUCUAAUUCAUCUGCUGCAGCGUGUCAGGCGACAGUAAAUUGUUCGACUGACGGCAGCUGGGCCACGUUUGGGUGCAACCAAAGUCUCUGUGCAAAGAAACAAGAAACUACAUCCUCCAUUAACAUCACUGUGAUUGUCACAUCAGCGGACAACAUCCAGUGCCACGCCAGCAACCACGUGAGCAAGAAUCAUUCUCAGACUACCAAAGUUAUUAUGUGUAAUGAAAAGCUGCAAAGUGAUUUGCACUCUCCAUCGUCACUCAGCACUCAGAACAUUAUCAUCAUUGGUGUUGGUGUUUUAUUGGUUUUGUUUAUGGCUUCCAUUGUAGUAUUUGUCAUGAGAAGGAAGUGUUCAAAAAUUCAUCCGCAGUCCAGUUAUUUUGUGAUUCAACAGCAUCAUGAGACAAUCUACAGCACAGUGCAAAAGCCAUCCACAUCCCUGACAUCUCCGACAAACAACACCUUCAGCAACAAAGUAGAAACCAUCUAUGACACUCCAUCACGGCAUACCAAGGCUUGUCAAGUAGACAGUGUGGCAGUGAAGAGAAACAAUCAGGAGCAACAGCAAUCUGGACACGACAGAGCUAUUAAAGUAAAAGCUACAGUUCACCAGUCAGCAGAACCCGAUUCAGAACCAAUGAACACGGUUUACUGCAAACUGGGAGAGAUAUGACACAAACACACACAUACUGUACAUGCCUGAGACGUCACUUCAGCUGAGAUUUAAGACCAUUGUGAGAGAGAAAAAAAAUAUUUAAUGUAAAUUUUGUUUUCACUAGUGACUAGAUGGUUUUGAGGAUCAUUGGUGGAUGCGAUAUAUAUGCUGUUUGCAACCGGCUAUUUUGUGAAACAGUAUAUUCAAUACACAAAAAAGGAGGUUUUCUUAGCAAUACA